AUGUCGAAUCACGGCGAGACAACGCCCGGCGGGAACCAACCCCCCGAUCCUAGAUCGGGGAUAGGCGAUAACCCUCCCGUCGACAACACGCCGGUCGGGAACGCCUCCCAGGACAGAGCAAUCAUCAUAACAGACGGAGAGUCGGGCGUUAUGAGACGCCCCAUCUCCGGCUCGCCGCCGGUAUUCAUAAGCAACGAGGAGUUACUCAAGGAGUUGCACUACUUGAGAAACGAAGCGAGAGAACAGCAAGCUCUCAGAGAGCGAGUUGCCCAACUGGAGUCCCUUGUUCCCGGAACACAUCGUUCCGGGAAGCAGCCCUUUGAGGAGGAAAGUCAGUCAGGCCAUCGCGAUGAUAGAAGGCCUGUGAUUGUUCCACGAAACUUAUUCGCGUCAGGCGGCCAGACUACUGCCGGAGGAGAGAGCGCCAGGGACGGAGGAAGACCCCCGCAAGAUAGACGAUCAACCGCACAUCUGGAGGAAGCCAGUCGAGAUGUUAACGCUCUGGCGGAAAGAUACAGAGGAAGAGUCAGUAGGGCGGAUCUUUUGGCCCUGAUCAAAGAUCUUGAAAGCAGACCUGAAUAUGCGAGUACCGGAUCAAGAACGGCAGGCACGGGACGAGAAGGACAUAGGAAGGAGAUUCCGCAUGGAUCAGACUCAAGAAGCUAUGACCGAUCGCAAGAACAAGAACCCCGUGGUUUAGGAGGAAGAUCGGAGCGAGACCCGAUUGUGCUUGAAGGACGGCAGAGUCAGGGAGGAACGCGCGAGCAUGCGACGUCUCCGGGCAACGGAAAGACUCAUCAUCAGGCAAAUCUUGAUCAGACCAUUGCCGAUCCGCACAUUCAAGCCUCGUCUCAGGCCAAUGCUCAUGCCAAUCCGCAUAUUCAAGCCUCAUCUCAGGCCAAUGCGCCCCCAUCUGCUCAGACUCACGCUAAUCAAUCCAAUCUUCUCGCCACGGCAAAUGACCUCAUGGCUACCGGAACACUACCAUCAAUGACUCUGUCACAGCCAAACGUUCAGACCAUUCCAGGCAUCGGAGCCAUUGAUGUCAACAGCCUGAGGAAGCUUCUGGCACAUUUCGACGGAAGCCAAACGUCUCUUUCAAGCCAAGCCCUAUCACCAUUCUCUGCUGAAGUGAUAGAGGCUCCGCUGCCAGCCAAUUACAGAAACACCACCUCCGAUUUAAAGUUUCAUGGCAACUCAGAUGCUGUAGAGUUUCUUGGAAGAUUCAAUGUUGAGAUGGGUGUCUACCAGAUACCGGAUCCUGUCAGGUGUAGACUUCUUGCGGCCACAUUCAGAGAUAGUGCCUACCAAUGGUUCCGGAAAUUGGAACCAGCAUCCAUCACUACUUGGACAAGCAUGCAGACUAUGUUCUUGACUCAGUUCCAGGCAACCGUCAAGUAUGCUCCACCGGUCACCACUCUGGCAAAUAUCAAACAAAAGGAAGGAGAGACUCUUCAUGCCUACUUCAAACGCUUCAAUGCAGAGUCAUCCAAUGUUCGGGGGGCAACUGAUGAGACACUGAAAAGCUUCUUGGUGGCUGGGCUUCGAGUAGGAACUGAUUUUUGGAAGCACUUGCAAGGCAAUGAUCCCAAGUGUCUGGCAGAUUUAUAUGCAAGGGCUGAGGCAUACAAAAAUGUUGAACAGUCACUGGCUGAGAGUCGAAAGAAUGAGAGAAGCCCUGGUAAGGCUCGACAAAAGAGAAGGGACCGGUCCCCAAGUCCUAAACAAAGGGGGAGGCGACGAAGUCCCAACCGGGUCAACACCAUGUAUAGAAGGAACUACACACCUCCUCGAGAUCAUGAAGAAAGGGAAGAUCGCUGGACACCGCUUGCCGCGCCAAUUGAUCACAUCUUCGAAGUUAAUCGUGACAAGGGACUCUUCCGCAGGCCAGCUCCACUAAAUUCUUGGCAAGCCAAGAAUAAGGACAAGUACUGUGAGUACCAUGAAUCAACCGGGCAUGAUACCCAUGAAUGUAGACAACUGAAAGAGGAGAUCGAGUUGCUAAUCAAAGAAGGCCAGCUUAAUGAAUGGAUAGUACGAGAAGCCCGGUCCCGACGAGAUAUUCGAGCCAAGGACAGAAGGGGGAUUGGCUAUACUGGCAAUCAAGAAAGGGGAAAGCAAGAGGACAUCCAGUUCGUUAAGGAGGGAAGCAUUCGUGUCAUCUUUGGAGGGCCACAUUUGGCCGGUGAAGGGACCAGGGCUAUGGAGAGAUAUGCAAAGGAAGCAAAAGAAGAAGAUGCCAGAUGGGUUCACCACCCGCACAAUGAUGCCCUGGUGAUCGCCCUUCGUAUUGGUCCAAUGAAUGUUCAUCGUGUGCUCGUUGAUAACGGAAGCUCUGUCAACAUUCUUUAUUAUGGCACCUACCAGAAGCUUGGCCUCCCUGAUAAGGAUAUGAAAGUUGAGGAUGUCUAUAUUUAUGGGUUUGGUGGAGAGGCUGUAAAGGUAAAAGGAACAAUCCGGCUCCCGGUAACUCUAGGAGAAGGAACAUGCUCAGCCACUCAGGUUAUGGAUUUUAUGAUUGUGGAUCACGACUCAUCACACAAUGCCAUUAUUGGGCGACCGUUACUGAAAGAAAUGAGAGUGGUCACAUCAAUACAUCAUUUGUCUAUGAAAUUCCCAACACCUGGAGGGAUUGGAGUUGUGAGGGGGUGCCAAUAUGACUCCAGAGAGUGUUACCUGCAAUCUUUUAAAGGUUUCAAGAAGAGUGGAGCACUGAAAGAACCCCUUGUUGCCAACACUGGUGGGGAGGUCAAUAUGACUUACUUCGUCCAAUUUCCUGAGGAAGGAGAUAAUCUCGAACAAUCAAAAGGGAAAGAACCAAUGGAAGUAGAUUCAGAUGCAGAGCUUAAGCCCUGCUCUAUAUGGGAAAAAGGGGAGACGUCUGGAACAAAAGACGAGUCUGACCUAGACCCAAGGCUGCCCCUAGAGUCAACCAAGACCGGUCCAGCUGAGGAUACUGUUGAAAUCCAGGUUGGGGAAGCCAAAGAGGCCAAAAUAUUAAAGAUAGGGUCUAAGUUGAAAGGGGAGUUGAAGGCAAGCCUUAUCCGUUUCUUGAGAAGCAACUUGGAUGUUUUUGCUUGGUGUCAUGCCGAUAUGGUAGGAAUCGACCCAGAAGUAAUGAGCCACCAUUUAAAUAUCGACCCUACCAAGAAAGGGAUGAGACAGAAGAGAAGGCAUGUUAGUGGAGAAAGGGCCCAAGCACUAAAGGAAGAGGUUGACCGGUUGUUGGGUGCUAAGCUGAUCAAGGAGUCGUUCUAUCCUACAUGGCUUGCUAACCCGGUCCUUGUCAAGAAGCCUAAUGGGAAGUGGAGAACCUGUGUUGACUUCACAGAUCUGAACAAAGCAUGCCCAAAGGAUAGUUUCCCACUCCCAAGGAUAGACCAGUUGGUGGAUGCCACAGCUGGACAUGCCUUGCUGAGUUUCAUGGAUGCCUAUUCAGGAUACAAUCAGAUCCCCAUGCAUGAGCCAGAUCAAGAACAUACCUCAUUUAUAACAGACAGGGGGUUGUAUUGCUAUAUAGGAAUGCCAUUCGGGCUAAUCAAUGCUGGCGCAACUUACCAACGCCUUGUGAACAUGAUGUUUAAAGACCAGAUUGGUAAGACUGUGGAGGUUUAUGUAGAUGACAUGCUGGUUAAGUCCAAGGAGGCGCAAGAUCACAUUCGGCACUUGUCUGAAAUGUUUGACAUACUUAGGAAGUAUCGAAUGAAGUUGAAUCCCCAGAAGUGUGUAUUUAGAGUUGAGUCUGGUAAAUUCUUGGGGUUCAUGGUAAAUCAUCGAGGAAUUGAAGCUAAUCCUGCAAAAAUCAAGGCAUUACUUGAUAUGAAGUCUCCUCAGAAUGUGAGGCAGGUUCAGAGCCUUACGGGAAGGAUAGCAGCAUUAAAUAGAUUUGUGUCUAAGUCCUCAGACAGAUGCAAGGAGUUCUUUAAGGCUAUCAAGAAGGCUGGGAAAACGUUUGUAUGGACGGAUGAAUGUGAAGAGGCCUUCCAAAAGAUAAAGGAACAAUUGGGAAAGCCACCUCUCUUGGCCAAACCCGUAGAAGGGGAAACAUUGAUCUUAUACCUGGCUGUUUCAAGAUAUUCGGUCAGCGCCGUUCUUGUAAAAGAGGAGAAGGAUGUUCAGUGCCCGGUAUAUUAUGUUAGCAAAAGGCUAUUGGAUGCUGAGACAAGAUACACUAGCAUGGAAAAGUUGGUAUACUCUUUGAUCUUAGCAGCAAGGAAACUUUGUCCAUACUUUCAGGCACAUAAGAUUGAAGUAAGAACUUCAUACCCUCUCCGUCAAAUUAUGCAUAAGCCAGAAGCAACGGGAAGAUUGAUGAAAUGGGCAGUAGAGCUAGGACAGUUUGAUUUGGAGUAUAAGCCUAGGGCUACUGUCAAGGGUCAAGCUCUGGCUGAUUUCUUGCUAGAAUUUGAAGAUGAUAACCAAGAAUGGGCAAUAGUGCCAUAUAGUCCCAACAUUGAGCCUAUCGACGGACUUUUGAUAGAGGAUGAUGCAUGGUGGAAUUUGCAUGUUGAUGGAGCUGUCAACUCGGAUGGAGCUGGUGUAGGGAUAGUUUUGGUUAGUCCCGGGGGGUGUCGAUUGUUAAGUGCCAUCCACCUAGGGUUCCCUGCAACCAAUAAUGAUGCAGAAUAUGAAGCUUUGAUCAAUGGUCUAGCCCUAGCAGUAGAAAUGAAGGCUAGGAACCUUAUUGUGUACAGUGAUUCGAUGUUGGUAGUCCACCAGGUAAAUGGGGGGUUCUUGGCUCGGGGUUGGAGAACGAACUUAUACAUGACCCAUACGCAAGAACUGAUGAAGAAGUUCAGAGAGGUACAUUUGGAAAAAGUUCCUCGCGAGAAAAAUGAAGGUGCUGAUGCCUUGGCCAAGGCCAGUUCUAGAAGGGACACCAAGUUAUUAGGAACUAUCCAAUUCUGUGUUCAAGAGAAGCCCAGUGUGUCAGAAGCACAGAAGGUCACCCGGUUCAGAGGAGAUCUGAUGGAAGUAGAGAAGGAAGUCGUGGAUACUUGGAUGACUCCUAUACUUAAGUUCAUCCAGGAGGGUCAACUCCCAGAAAGUAUAAAGGAAGCCAGAAGUCUCAGAUACAAAGCAGCGAGAUUUGUAAUAUAUGAUGGUGUCUUGUACAAAAGAGGGUUCAAUCAGCCGUUGCUGAAGUGCAUUGCAGGGGAAGAGUGCAAUUAUAUCUUAAGGGAAGUACAUGAAGGAAUAUGCGGCAAUCACUCGGGGGGUAGUUCACUUGCACUGAAGAUCCUUAGGCAAGGAUACUAUUGGCCAACUAUGAGGAGUGAAGCAAGCAAGUUCGUGCAAGCUUGUGACAAGUGCCAGCGAUUUGCCACAUAUUCGUCUCGUCCUGCAGCAAGUAUGACUCCGUUACUCAGCCCAUGGCCAUUCGCUUUGUGGGGGAUAGAUCUCAUUGGAGAGCUUCCAAAAGCCAAAGGAGGAGUCAGAGAAUUGAAGAAGUUAUGUGAUGACUUGAAUAUAAGGAGGAACUUUGCAGCUGUGUAUCAUCCACAGAGCAAUGGACAGACUGAAGCAAUCAACAAGAUUAUCAAACACACGCUGAAGGCCAAGUUGGAAGAGAAGAAAGGUGAUUGGCCGGAGGAGCUUCCAAUGGUACUAUGGUCAUACAACACUACGCCAAGGACAACCACUGGGGAGUCGCCGUUCAUGUUGACCUAUGGUUGUGAAGCAAUGGUUCCGGUAGAGGUCGGAGCAGGUUCCUUCAGGAGAGACCACUUCCAGGAAGAGGACAAUGUUGUUAACCAGAGGCUACAUCUAGAUAUGUUGGAGGAAGUCAGAAGGGAGUCGCAAGUUAGGUUGGCAGCAUACCAACAAAGGACAGCCAGAUUCUACAACAAUCGAGUCAAGCCUAGACCAUUCAAAGUAGGAGACUUAGUGUUGCGCAAGAUGAUGCCAGGGAUGAAGGUGCCAGGUCACGGAGUGUUCGGGGCAAAUUGGGAAGGACCCUACCGCAUUCGGGCUGAGAUCUUUGGAGGAGCAUACUACUUGGAAGACAUGCAGGGUGAGCCCAUCUCCAAGGCAUGGAAUGCUGAGCAUUUGAAGAAGUAUUAUCAAUAAGAGCAAUAUGGACUCUGCUAAUAGGAAUAGCAUCUAGAUAUGAAAAACACCUUGUGUAAUCAAGAUUCAGUAUAUAAUGGCAAGACUCUUUCAUUCAUUUUUACUACCUGCAAACACAGGGCGCGCCUAAACAUGGGGCGCGCCUACUUGCUAACAACUUGAAAGAUUACUGAGUUAUCAAGGACAGUAACUCCUCUUAAGAAUUCUGAUUAAGAAUAAGCUCGCGGGAAGAGUAGUAAAGCAAAACGAUCAAAAUACAUAUUAGACCAACUGCUCUUUCUGACUUAAGUGAGAUCAAGACUGGGCGCGCCAAGUGAUACGGCGCGCCACGUGUUCAUUUGCAAAUAUUUUAUAACACAAGCAUAGUCAGGGAGAUUUUCAUAUACAGGAUGAAGUAUAAGAAAAAUGAACAAGCAAGCAAUAUCAUAAAAGAUAGCACUUGACAAAGGCAGUUAAUAAUUAGGUGCAAAAACAGCAAUAUGAGGGCGCGCCUCAUAUUCAAGAUCCAUCACAGUCAAAUAAACAAAUUUAAACAAGUUGCAGGGUUACAGGGACCCGCGCCCAAAUGAAAGUUCAGAAUAAAACAGAGAUAAAUAUCAGGCCUGAUCUUGAGAGGAGUCAUGAGGGUUAGGCUGAGAUCCAGUUGUAUCAGCCGUCUCAACAGCUGGAGGAUCCUGAGAAGCACCCACGCCUGAUUCAAUCCUAGGGAUAGGAUUUUCCAGGGACUCUUGGUGAUCCUGGCGCGCCUCAAGUGGGGAAGAUUGCUCGAGGAAUUUGUUUGCAGAAUCUGAAGCAGCCUCC